AGUUGUGAAGCGGCAGCCUAUGCGGCGGCGCGGUGAGAUCGAAAUGGCGACCGAGGGAGAUGUGGAGCUGGAGUUAGAAACCGAGACCAGCGGCCCGGAGCGGCCUCCCGAGAAGCCACGGAAGCAUGAUAGUGGUGCUGCUGACUUGGAGCGGGUCACUGACUAUGCGGAGGAGAAGGAGAUCCAGAGUUCGAAUCUGGAGACGGCUAUGUCCGUCAUUGGAGACAGACGGUCCAGGGAGCAAAAGGCAAAACAGGAGCGGGAGAAGGAACUGGCGAAGGUCACGAUCAAGAAGGAAGAUCUGGAGUUGAUAAUGACAGAGAUGGAGAUCUCUCGAGCAGCAGCAGAAAGGAGCUUGCGGGAACACAUGGGCAACGUUGUGGAGGCUCUUAUUGCCCUAACCAACUGAUAAUGUGCAUUUUCAGACAUUCUGGACUGAUUACUGAAAUAAAGUGUUUUGUUAUGCUA